AUGUCCGCCCCCGCUGAAUUCUUUGUUCGUCUCCAAAAGGGCAUCGUCGGUGGUUUCGCCCCACCCACCCCUGACGCAGUCUUCACCCUCACAAAGCCUGCAUCGGCCGCCAGUCUCAUGGUCACCACAGCCGUUCGUCCGGACGGAACUCCAGAGCUGAAGGAAUCAGCGGCGCCAAAGGAGCUUAGCAUCACCGAACCAUCCACCUCGUCCCUCGUCGAUGAGCUUUACACCAUCCUCAAGGAUCUCCCCACAGAACAACCCCCUGGCAGUGAAGACAUCUAUGGUCUCAACACAGGCAUCGUCUUUGCCUGCGACGAGUUCCAGUGGGCCAAUGGAGGCCCCCAAGGUUGCACGGGUGGCACAAGCGAGGUUCAACCCACCGAAGAACAGAAGCAGAAAUUCAAACGCGCAGUCGAAAUCGUCCACAAGAUCGCAGAGGCAUAACAAUACACAAUGUAAUCUAUACCUAACGAAUGCUCAGAAUACCCUCCUUUGUAGGGUUAAUCUUCCCCCCUC